AAUAAUUUUGCACUUGCAUAUCAGCCAGCUCAAGAGGAACAGACAGAUUUUAAAAAGUAGUUACUAACGGUUUGGUCAAUAAAAUAAACCAUUGAAAAUGGGAAACAUAAACAAACACAAUACAACCUUAUUUUCUCAGAAAAAUUCAAUAACUAACCUUAAUUUCUCAUGCAAAGGAUUAAGCCAGAAUGCCAAACCAUCGUCAGAACCACCGUCAUUCCGAUUAAUGCCAGCCGGAAUAGCCAAGUCGCCGUCAAAUGGGCCGUUGAUAAUCUUCUAAAGAAGAACUCCAAUUGUAUCCUUAUUCAUGUUCGUACCAAACCCAUCACCAAUUCCGAUGAUAAUGUCGACCACAAUGCUCCUAAACACGGCCGUCCACCAACUCAAGAAGAAUUGCAUCAAUUCUUUCUUCCCUUUAGAGGAUUUUGUGCUAGAAAAGGGAUUUUGGCAAAGGAAUUGGUCUUACACGACAUCGAUGUUCCAAGCGCGCUUACCGAUUAUGCUGUUGAAAACCCCGUCAACAAUGUUGUUGUUGGUGCUAGUUCUUCCCCAUGGAGUGCUUUCAUGAGAAGAUUUAAAGAAGCAGAUGUUGCAUCAAUCUUAGCUAAGACAUUGCCAGAAUCAUCGACAUUGUAUGUUAUAUCGAAAGGAAAAGUACAAAAGAUUCAACCAUCCGGGCCUCGGAUUCCUCGUGAUGAUCAAUCUAAGAAUAUCGAAGCUGCACCUCCUAAAUCUAUAAGAGAUGUUGUCGCACUCUUGCAGAAUACUCAAUUGAUUCAACCUAAAAAGUGUCUCGAUCAUAGCCCUAGUUCCGACGUUUCAAAUAGGAAACCGUUGAAAGAUGCAGGCAAAGUUUGGGAGUUAGAUAUGAAAGAUGUUAUACUAGUGACACCGAACAAUGUUGAAGAUAACAAUUCGCCAAGAGGUCCAAGAUUAUCGGCGGGAAGCCUCUCGACACAAACUUCAUCAAAUCAAAGUUCUCCUGCCAACAGUAAUGACAGUUCAGGGAAACGUAGUUCCGGAAACCAUGAAGUAUUAAGUUCGGACAGUUCCAAGUGCUUAUUUUCGCCAAAACCACCGAUACAGACGCACAUUGAGGCGGAAAUAAAGAAAUUAAAACUAGAAUUGAGGAAAACGUCGGAGCAGUAUGGUAUGGCUUGCAGACAAGCAGUUUUAGCGAAACAGAAGACGAAUGAGCUUGAAAGGUUUAGGGAAGAAAAAGAACGAAAUGUCGAAAAAGCACGGCUUGCAGAAGAGGUUGCAUUAGCUUUAGCAGGAGUAGAGAGACAGAAAGCGAAAGUUGCUAUGGACACAGCAGAAAUGUUGCAGCGUCUUGCAGAAAUGGAAACUCAGAAGAGAAAGCUAGCCGAAUUAAAAGCGAAACACGAAGAAGAAGAGAGGAGAAGGACGUUACAAGAUGUUGUGUAUAAUAGUAUUCCAUAUAGAAGAUACAACAUUAAAGAAAUUGAAGUUGCAACUAAUGGUUUCGACGAUGCUCUCAAAAUCGGGGAAGGAGGGUAUGGACCUGUUUUUAAAGGUGUCCUUGAUCACACCCUUGUUGCCAUAAAGGUUCUUAGACCCGAUUUAGCUCAUGGAGAAAGACAGUUUCAACAAGAGAUUAUUGUUUUGAGUACCAUAAGACAUCCCAACAUGGUGCUCCUUCUAGGCGCAUGUCCAGAGUUUGGUUGCCUUGUCUACGAACACAUGGAAAACGGAAGUUUAGAAGAUCGCCUAUUCCGAAAAGACCAUACUCCACCAAUUCCAUGGAAGAAUCGUUUCAGAAUCGCAUUAGAGAUUGCGACUGGCCUUCUUUUCCUUCACCAAGCAAAACCCGAGCCAAUAGUACAUCGCGAUAUGAAACCAGCAAACAUUCUCUUAGACAGAAACUGUGUCAGUAAGAUCAGUGAUGUUGGUUUGGCGCGACUCGUUCCACCUUCCAUAGCAAACAAAACCACUCAAUAUCGCUUGACAGGUGCGGCCGGAACAUUUUGUUACAUUGAUCCGGAGUAUCAGCAAACCGGGUUAUUAGGUGUGAAAUCGGAUAUAUAUUCAUUUGGUAUGGUGUUACUACAGAUUAUUACUGCAAAACCUCCAAUGGGAUUGUCUCAUUUGGUUGAAGAGGCUAUUGGAAAAGGGAACUUCUUAGAUGUGCUUGAUCCAAGUGUACCAGAUUGUCCUGUUGAAGAGGCUUUGGCAUUUGCGAAGUUGGCGAUAAAGUGUUGUGAGUUGCGAAAACGCGAUAGACCUGAUCUUAGUACUGUUAUUUUGCCAGAGCUUAAUAGAAUAUCACAGAUUUGGAACUGCGAUGAGGAUUGAGGAACUAUUCAGAUUUAUUCAAUGAAAUUUACAUUUCUGCAUUUUUGAAAGAACUUCAUGAUCAUGUAGUUUG